AUGAUGUUUAAUCAGACCAUGGUUUUCCUAAUUCUCGGUAUGAUCAUACCAAUCGUAGUCGAAACUUUUCAGGGAAAGAGAAAACUUUCCGAUCUCCAUGAACAGGAAAUAAAACUACGGUUAAAACAACUCAACAAACCGGCCAUUAAAUCCAUCCAUAGUCCAGAUGGAGAUAUAAUUGAUUGUGUAUGGAUCUACGACCAACCAGCUUUUGAUCAUCCUUUAUUCAAAAACCACACCAUUCAGAUGAGGCCAAAAAGUAAUUCGAUAAGGGACAAAACAGGAGGUAAUAAGACAUACAUUAUACACCAAUUGUGGCGAACAAAAGGUGAAUGUCCUGAGAACACUAUUCCCAUCAGAAGAACAACAAGAGAUGAUCUUAUAAGAUCGGGUUCCAUCAAAAACUAUGGAAGAAAGAGUCCACCACCAACUAUUUAUCACACUGACGGCGUUCAGACCGAGGAAGUUCAUGAGCAUACGUGUGUGUACGUGGACUAUGGUCAGUUCCAUGGCAGCAAGAGUCGUAUAAGUAUAUGGAAACCAAAUGUUCUAAGGACGAGAGAGUUUAGUUUAGCUCAAACAUGGGUCGUCAAUGGAGAUUGGGACACUGGUUUGAACACUUUGGAGUCUGGUUGGCAGAUCUUGCAUGCUUUGUAUGGUGACAAGAACCCAAGACUUUUCGCCUAUUGGACGGGCGAUACAUACCAAGAAACAGGAUGUUACAAUCUUGACUGUCCAGGCUUUGUUCAAGUAAGCAGACACAUCUCCCUCGGUGCAUCUCUCAACGCUUUCUCAACUUACAACGGUGAACAAUACGACUUCCUUCUAACUAUUGAGAAGGAUCAAGAAACUGGACUUUGGUGGUUGAAGUUUGAGACAUACCUAAUAGGGUACUGGCCAAGCUUUAUAGUCCCCAAGUUAGCAGUGUCGGCACGAAAGAUCGUAUGGGGAGGAGAGAUUGUAUAUUACACUAGAGGCCAAGGGACACACACGCUUCCGCAAAUGGGGAGUGGCCAUUUUGCAGAGAAAGGGUUUAGGAAGGCGGCUUAUUUCAAUAGCUUAGAGUACAUUGAUACAUCUAACUAUCCGAUCACACCCUCUCCACAACAUCUUGAAGCUACUGUGACUCGUCCUGAAUGCUAUAACCUUAUGGUUGGCUCUAGCCAGAGGUGGGGAACUUACUUUUUCUAUGGUGGACCAGGUCGCAAUCCUCAGUGUCCAUGA